AUGAGGUUAGCGGCGAGAUGUGACGAGGUGCUAGACAAGAUGAAACGAGACGCUGCUGCGGCGGAUACACCAGCAGCUGUUGCACCGGCGCGGCGUGGCGUGGCGAAGCACGAGCUGGCUGUAGUGGACUUUGAGCAGCAUGUCGCGCGCUUCUUUGGCCCUUUGCAUGCGCGCUCUCACACCCCUCUUCCCCCACAGGCACUGAGCGCCAACUCUGGCAGCGCAGAGUUGUGGAAGGAGGUGAUUCUCCAGGCAGCCAAUAUCUUUGUGGAGCAGUGGAUGGAAGUGGGGGCAGAGCGGGAGGCGCUGGGGCGGCAUGAGACGACGUUCGAGGCAUUCACUCGUGCAAUAAAGCUGCUGCUGGGCGAUGCAGAGGCGCUCAAGAGACGAGGUGCGUGGAAUGGGGAGAGGGGAGGUAUGGAUAGCAGGAUAAGGUUUGAGUCGACUCAAAGAGCAGCACGAGAGGGCGUUCGAGGCGUUCAGUCGUGCAGUAGAGCUGUUGCCGGGUGA